CAAAAAGAUAACUACCACUUUCCAUUUAGUUGAAAUGAAAUGAUAACAACCGUUAGUUUUCUUCAUCAGCUUCCCUAUCUUCUUCAACUAUUUUUUGCUUCUACUUUUUGGCCUAGCAAAAGUAGAAAUAUGACUAUGACUAUGACUACUCAUAUUUCUCCAAUGGCGUCAAUGAACCAGUUGUCUUCAACUAACUUCAAUCAUCAUCCACCACUCCAAUCAGUGUUCCAUGGCUUUAGAAGAAAACCAUCAAGAAUUUUAGUUGCUUCUUCCCUUAAAGAAACUCAUCAUCUUUUCUCUUAUUCACCUCCAUCUCCUUCCGAAAACUUCAUGUUUUCGAAGCCAUUUGUUCCACUUUCUGCUUGUCUUGCCAUUCUUCUAUGGUCAUCUCCUGCGAAUGCUGGAUUUCUUUCGGGUUUUAGCGGAAUAGAAUCUGUUCCUGGUCCUGAAUUACCAAAGAUUGACUUUCUUAAUCGCUGGAACGAUGACAAUCAGAAAAAGUAUGCAGAACUUGAUUCAAAAUUCAAAGAGUCACCCCUGCUUAAACAGUUACUUGAGAAAUCCAAGCAAAAUAAAGAGAAGAACAAAAGGUCAAUUGAAGACAAGUAUUGUUUACGAGGAGCUGAGUGGGGCGUUGGAGAUUGCUCAGCAGCAGGAAUGACACCAGAAGAUAGGGACAACUUCAUUGCAAUGUUGAAGCAGAAGGCCGGAGUAGAAUGAACGCGCGCAACUAUAUAUGAACCUUUUAUCGCCAAUGUUAGUUCCAGUUUCCAUCUAGUUUCCACUCUUCGACUUCUCAAGAAUGCAAAUGGAUGAUGCAAAGAGUGAACAUUGAACCUUAUAAUGACGAAAAUUCGCGUUAUGAGAGGGUGAGUUUGAUUGAACCAAGACAUUAAUAUGCAACAGAACAUGUCAAGGGACAUUCUGGCAUUGUUCAAUAGCUUGCAUUAGUAAACUUAUGAGCUUGGGAGUGGCAUUUUCAUAUAACAAUACUGAAGUUUUGUACCUUCUCCUUUACUAGUACUAGUAUUAUUGUAAUAGCAUUAUCUAUUUCUUAAAUUUUUAGUAUUAAUGUUGUUUAUUUUUA